AUGGAAUCCGAUGAAAUAGUAAGAGACAAUUCUUUAUUUACUGCAAAAACAAUGAGACUUUAUAUUGCUUUACUACUUAUGAUGGCACUAUUUUGUUCCACUGUACUUAGAAUUAAUUUAGGAAUGUCAAUGGUUUGUAUGGUUAAUUCAACUGCAUUUGUUAGCGAAACAUUAGAAAUUAAAAAACAAUCAUUUGAUGUUAUAGAUUCUGUAAGUGAUUUAAAGAAAUACGUAUGUUUAAAAAAAAGUGUUAUAAGUGAUACAAUUGAUAUGGGUUAUCAUGGAACAUUUCUUUGGUCACCAUCAAUGCAAUCAACAUUGUUUUCGGCAAAUUUUUAUGGUGGAAUAAUAACAAUAAUUUUUUCUGGAUAUUUAGCAGAUAAAUUUGGUGCUAAAUCAUUAUUAUUAAUGGCAAUAAUUGAUUGUUCAAUUAUAUCAUUUUUAUCACCAACAAUAGCAAGUAUCAGUUAUACAUUAUUUUUUAUUUCUAGAAUGAUAAUGGGAUUGGGAGAAGGUUUUGUUAUACCUACAAUGUCUUCUAUGGCUGCACGUUGGUUUCCUAGUCAUGAAAGAAGUACUGCUGCAGCAAUUUAUACAUCAGGAAAUCAACUUGCUGGAAUUUUAGGUCUUUUAAUAUCUUCAAAACUUUGUUCAAUCAAUUUUCUUGGAGGAUGGCCUUUAAUAUUUUAUACUUUUGGAUUAUUAGGUAUUAUAUGGUCUAUAUUAUGGUUGAUUUUUGCUUCUGAUGAACCACAAACAAAUAAAUGGACAUCAGAAAAUGAAAAAAAAUAUUUAAAAGAAGCUACACAUGGACAAAUUAGAAAAAUUGCUGGUUCUGCAAAAUUUCAUAUACCAUCAAUUCCAUGGAAAAGAUUAUUAUUUUGUGGACCAUUAUGGGCAAAUUUAUUAGCACAAUUUAGUUUUAAUUUUGGAAUAAGUUUUAUUCAAAGUUUCUUACCUACAUAUCUUAAAGAUAUUUUAUUACUUCCUUUAGAUCAGAAUGGAUUAUUUGUUAUGAUACCUUAUAUAGCUCAAAUAAUACCAAAAAAUAUUUUUGCAAUAAUUUCAGAUAAUUUAAAAAAAAGUCGCAUACUCACACCCACUAUGGCUUGUAAAAUAUUUCAAUGUUUUGGAAAUUUUGGUACUGCAAUAGCAUUUUUUGGAUUAGCAUUUUAUGUUGAUUGCACUACCAAAGUUCUUUUUGCACUAUUAUUGAUAUUUUAUGGUGUUUCUUUUUCAUGUGGUGUAUCUGGAUUUUAUACAAGUAUACUUAGUAUUGCUCCGAAUUAUACGGGUUUGGUUACAUCAAUAUGUAUGAUAUUUGGAAUGAUUGGUAAUGCAACUUCACCAAAUAUUUUUUCAAUUUUAAAUAAAAAUGGGACACCAGAAGAAUGGUCAAGAAUGUAUAUAGCUAUAGCUAUUAUUAAUAUUAUUGCAGGUAUAGUAUUUUUAAUAUUUGGAUCAGCUGAUGUUCAAGAAUGGGCAUCAUCUGCAAAAACUAGUAGAGUUGAAGAUAUGCAACAAAAUGCAAUAAAAUUAAGAAUAUCAACCAAAAGAAAAAGAACUGUCUCAGGGGUUACUGUUGAUGAAAUUACAAUAACCUAA